AUGUCGGCGGGCCGGAGCCGCGGCGAGGCGGACUCGGCGGCGCUCGGUCGGUUCGCGGGCUGCAAGAUCAAAGCCCUGCGGGCAAAGACCAACACCUACAUCAAGACUCCAGUGCGGGGUGAGGAGCCGGUCUUCAUGGUGACGGGACGGCGGGAGGACGUGGCCAUGGCCCGGCGGGAGAUCAUCUCCGCUGCCGAGCACUUCUCCAUGAUCAGGGCCUCCCGCAACAAGGCUGGCACCACUUUCGGCAGCGCUCCCACCUUGCCUGGGCAGGUCACCAUCCGGGUGCGUGUCCCCUACCGCGUGGUGGGCUUGGUGGUGGGUCCCAAGGGGGCCACCAUCAAGCGCAUCCAGCAGCAAACCAACACCUACAUCAUCACGCCCAGCCGGGACCGGGACCCCGUCUUCGAAAUCACCGGCGCGCCGGGCAACGUUGAGCGCGCCCGGGAGGAGAUCGAGACCCACAUCGCGGUGAGGACGGGCAAGAUCCUGGAGUACAACAACGAGAACGACUUCCUCUCCAGCAGCCCCGACUCCGGCAUGGAUCGCUACUCAGAGGCCUGGCGGGUCCAUACGCCGGCGCCGGGUUGCAAGCCCCUCUCCACCUUCCGGCAGAACAGCCUGGGGUGCAUCGGCGACUGCUCCGUCGACCCCGUCUAUGAGACCCCCCGGCUGAACGACCAAAACGACUUCAAUUACGGUUACCUCUUCCCCAACUAUGGCGUGAACAAGCAAGAUCUGUAUUACGGGGUGCCGGAGUCAGGUGCCCCGAUGUGGGCUGGGCAGGAGAACACCAACCCCGUCUCGGUGCUCUUCUCGAAGCAGCAGCGGUCCAGCAGUACCGGUGCCAUCCACCCAAAUUCGCAUCGCUCCCCGUCCUCCUCCAUCCAAGAGCCCAAUCUCUCCGGUCUCCCCAGGCGGUCGCAGGGGGAACCGCUCCAAGGGUUUUCCAAGCUGGGGACCACUACCGCUGCCCGGACGUCUGUCUCCAGCAGCCGCGAGUGCAUGGUGUGUUUCGAAAGCGAAGUUACGGCAGCUAGAAUAUUUUCCUAA